GCCCUGUUCACAGAUCUGCAAGUUUACAGAUGCGUGUAACCAACAUGCUGUGCUCUGACACGCCAGUCAGUGCAUGUUAGCAGCUGAAAUGAAAUAACUGCAGCUCAGCCAUGUUUUUCUGGUAAGAUAAAAGUGAAACUAUUUCACAAUCACAUUCUCAGAGGUGAAAUGGCGCAGCGAGGAAUCCAAAUGAACCAGGACAAACUCUGCUGUGACUAUUCCCUGUGGACACAACUACUGUAUGAACUGUAUUCAAAUCCACUGGGAUGAAGAGGAUCGGAAGAACAUCCACAGCUGCCUUCAGUGCAGACAGACCUUUGCACCGAGGCCUGCUCUGGGGAAAAACACCAUGUUGGCAGAAUUAGUAGAGGAGCUGGAGAAGACUGGACAAACUGCUCCUGCUAAUCACUGCUAUGCUGGACCUGAAGAUGUGAGCUGUGAUGUCUGCACUGAUAGAAAGCUGAAAGCUGUCAAGUCCUGUCUGCAGUGUCUGGUCUCUUACUGUGAGCAGCACCUCCAGCCUCACUAUGAAUCCCCCGCCUUUAGGAAACACAAGCUGGUGGACCCCUCCCAGAAGCUUCAGGACAAUAUCUGCUCUCAUCACAAUGAAGCUAUGAAGAUUUUCUGUCGCACUGAUCAGCAGUGUAUCUGUUAUUUGUGCUCCAUGGAUGAACAUAAAGGUCACGACACAGUUUCAGCUGCAAAAGAAAUGAGUGAGAAGCAGAGAGAGCUCGAGGUGUGUCAGGAGAAAAUCCAGCAGAAAAUUAAGGACCAAGUUAAACACAUGCGGGUUCUUCAGCAGAAAAUGAAGGCCAUCAGUCAAUCUGCAGAUAAAGCUGUGAGGGACAGUGAGAUGAUCUUCACAGAGCUUAUCCGCCUCAUAGAAAAAAGAAGCUCUGAUGUAAAGCAGCAGAUCAGAUCUAAGCAAAAAAAGGAGGUGAGUCGACUUACAGAGCUUCAAGAGAAGUUAAGGCAGGAGACUGUUGAUCUGCAACAGAAGAAAUCUGAGUUGGAACAACUCUGUCACAUGCAGGAUUGCAUCACCUUUCUACAAAAGUAUUCCUCACUGUCAAGCUUGACUUUCAGCGAGGAGCCACCCAGCAUCAGUAUUCACCCUCUGUGUAACUUUGAUGAUGUGACAGCUUCUCUGUCAGAAAUCAGGGAAAAGAUGCAGGACAUACUCAAAGGACAAUGGACCAAGCUAUCAGCAACAGUGAGUGAGUGUAAUGAGUUACCAUCACAAAGAGAACACACAAUUAGAGAGGAAUUCUUAAAAUAUUCGCAACAUAUCACACUGGUUCCAAACACAGAAAGCACGAUUUUAAUAUCUGAUAGCAAGAAAAAAGCAAGUAUUACACGAAGUGGACUUUUUAUGAAACUGGACAUGUUAAUAGAAUUAGAAUCUCCAGAAAGAAGAAAAAUGUCUCAUUUUUGUGUCCUAAGUAAAGAGUGUUUGACUGGCCGGUGUUACUGGGAGGUGACGUGGUCUGGGACUGUUGCAGUAGCAGUCACAAACAGACCACCAGUAUAUGGAUUUGGGAAUGAUGACACAUCUUGGGCGCUAUACUGUAUAAAAAAUGAAUUUGAAUUUAGACAUGACAACAUCAGAACUCACAUCUCCACAUGUCAGUCCUCCACUAUCGGAGUGUAUCUGGACCACAGUGCAGGUACUCUGUCCUUCUACAGUGUUUCCGACCACAUGACUCUCCUCCACAGGGUCCAGGCCACAUUCACUCAGCCGCUCUAUGCAGGAUUUUUUGUUGGUUGUGGAUCUGUAGUUGAGCUCAAGUAGACAGGAGUCAUUAGAUGAGAUCGUAAAGAUUAGUUUCUUAUUUUGGACUAAUUAAGUUUUUUGUUAAACACACUCACUUAUGUCAUGUUGAAGUUUAUAAAUUGGAUGUAAACUGUAAAAUAUAAUAACAUAGAAACAUGUGAUUUUCUAGCGCUAGCCCCCGUGCUCCACAGCUCUCUGUCUGUAAUUAAAAAUUUUUCACUUUUAUAUAUGCAUUUCCUUUAUUUAAGUUUCAAAUAUGAUGGUGCCCUGAAGUGAAAGAGGUCUGAAAAUUUCUGGUCAAACUGAAAUGUAAACAAAGGAAUAACAAACUCCCUAAAUAUGUGAAUUUCAUCCAUCAGUCCAUUCAGAGCUGCAAGGCUGUCACAGGUCAAAACAUGUCUUUGUCAUAGCCAUCAUGGAAGACACUGUCACCGAUAACGGCAGUUAUAAGUGAGAUAUGUGUUUUUGGUAUCUUACAUUAUUUUGUUCAUAUUUCAUUGAUUUGUACAUAUAUUUCUUUUGACAAAGUGUUUAAGGUUUAUAAAUGCAUGUUUGUGUCUUGACCUGAGUGUAACCAGUGAAAGCAGGCGGCAGCCUGCGUUUAAAUAAAGCAGUACUGUUUGCACCCUCUUGAUGUCACUGCAUGACAGCA